AUGGAUACCUAUUCGGAGACUGCUGGAGCUGUUGCCAUUCAAGCCCCUUGUGGUGCAUGCAAAUUCCUAAGGAAGAAAUGUAUCCCUAGCUGCAUCUUCGCUCCCUACUUCGACUCCGAUCAGGGGGUUACUCGCUUCGCCGCUGUCCACAAGGUGUUCGGCACAAGCAACGCCACCAAGAUUCUCCUAUGCACCCCUGCUAAUCGCCGCCAUUGCGCCGCCAUUACCUUAUGCUACGAGGCUCAGGCAAGGCUCUCCAACCCUGUUUACGGUUGCGUGUCAACAAUUCUCGCACUGAAGCAACAGGUGGUAUCUCUUCAAGCGGAGCUUGCAAUGGUGAAAACACAGAUAAUGAAUAGCAGAGUUGCAGUGGAAAAUGGGGUUCAGACUUCUCAGCAGCAGGAGGAGCCUACAUAUUUCAACCUUAUCGGAGAAACCACUUACUCUGAUUCAAACUGUUUUGAUCCAAUUGCCUUUACCAAUCACAUGUUCCGUUAAAGCUGUGUAUUUCAUUCAUGUUUUUCUUGUCUAUGUAGUUGAUACAUUUUUAAGCCCAUCUUCAAUUUUUC